AUGGACUGUUGCGUUUGCAGUGCCUUGCCUUAUAUUCUGAGGCCUCCAAGAAAUACAAUCUGUGGAGCUUGUUAUGAUGGAGCCAAAAGCAUAAUCACUCUAACUAACAAAUUCGACUGCGAAAAGGUCUCGGAUUGUAAACCGAGCAACAAUUUUUCUUCCUCAUCAAAUUCAGCAAAGGGAUUUGCGAACGCGUUAAAAUGGAUUAAGGAGAUGAAGGAAAUGGAAGAGAUGCAAAAUGAGAAGAUUAGUUAUUUGAGUGAGUUUGCAAUAGUUUUUAAGGAUCAAAUUCACACCGACAUCCAAGUCAAGCCCGGAAAAAACGAACCCUCUAUUCCCGCACAUCGAGCCUUACUGGCGGCAAGAUCGAGCAUUUUUCGGAACAUACUCGACUCGGACGAGUGCAAGGCCCCACCGAACCACACGAUAACUCUUCCCGAGCUUAACCACGAUGAGUUGGGUUCGCUCCUCGAGUUUCUAUACAGAGGGAGCCUCCCGAGAGAAAAAAUCGAGAGGCACGUUUAUACUUUAUCGGUUGCUGCAGAUAAGUACGAAAUCCCAUUUCUCAAGAGGAGAUUUAUUCUAGGAGAUUUGAUACCAUAUAGUAACACCUUUCUAGUUCUUAUAUAA